AUAGCCAAGUGUUCUCAUGGGGAAAGAACAGUCAAGGUCAGCUGGGCCUGGGGGAGAAGGUCCCCUCCCAAGCCACCCCACAGAGGGUGAGGUCCCUGGAGGGGAUUCCUCUGGCUCAGGUAGCUGCAGGAGGGGCUCACAGCUUUGCCCUGUCUCUCUUGGGGACUUCAUAUGGCUGGGGAAGCAACAAUGCAGGGCAGCUGGCCCUCAGUGGGAAUGACAUCCCAGUGCAAAAAUACAAGCCUUGUGCAGUUGGUGCACUGAAGGAUCUGGGUGUGAUUUAUAUCAGCUGUGGUUAUGAGCACACUGCAGUGCUUACCCAGAAAUUCUGCUUUCUUUCAACAGUGCAAAAAUACAAGCCUUGUGCAGUUGGUGCACUGAAGGAUCUGGGUGUGAUUUAUAUCAGCUGUGGUUAUGAGCACACUGCAGUGCUUACCCAGGGCGGGAGAGUGUUCACAUUUGGGGACAAUAGCUCUGGACAGCUGGGACACAGUCUCACUGCUGAGAAGAAAGGUCCACAACUCGUGGAAGGAAUCGAUGGCCUAGUUUCACAGAUAGAUUGUGGAAGUUAUCACACCCUUGCAUAUGUGUACACCACUGGUCGGGUGGUGUCAUUUGGUCGUGGACCAAGUUGCACAGUCAACCCAACUCAUCUGGAGGCCCUGACAGAGAACUUUGACAUCAGCUGCCUGAUUUCUGCUGAUGACCUUGUGGAUGUUCAAGUCAAACACAUUUUUGCGGGAACAUAUGCCAACUUUGUGACAACUUAUCAGGAUACUAGUUCUACAAGUGUUUCCAGGAAAGCCCUGCCAGAAAUAAGCCGAAUUACCCAGUCCAUGACAGAAAAAUGGAUAGCAGCGAAAAGAGGAAGUACUGAACAUGAAGUGGCUAAAAGUGAAAUUAGAAUGAUAUUUUCAUCUCCUGCUUGCCUGACUGCGAGUUUUUUAAAGAAAAGAGAAACUGGAGAAAAGAUCGUUAUUGAUGUGGACUUACAAAUGGCAGGAGAUACCUUCAAGAAGUUAACAGAAAAGAAAUGGAUUUCUUUCAUGAUAACUACAUGUCUCAGGGAUAAUUUGCUCAAAGCUCUUCCAUGCCGGUCUCCCCACCAAGAAGCUUUAGAAGUUUUUCUCCUGCUACCAGAAUGUCCUGUGAUGCAUGAUUCUAACAACUGGGAAAGCCUGGUGGUUCCAUUUGCAGAGGCUGUUAGUAAAAUGAGUGAUAAAUCUUUACAAGUCCUGAAGAAAUGUUGGGCAUCUCUGCAAGAAUCUUCUCUGAACACACUGGUUCAGAUGCUUAAAAUAGCCAUCAUCUCUCAACUGCUUCAUUGGAUCGGAACUGAUCAGGGUCACCGUAAUGUUAAAGUUCUUCUAGGAAUGAUGAAAGAAGUGUAUAAGGUAAACAAAGCUAACUGUCUACUGCCAGAAAAUACUUUCAACAUAAAUGAACUCUCGAACUUGUUGAACUUUUAUUCAGAGAGACAAAGACUGUUUCUUCGGAAUAACAACCUGGUAACUGCAAAAAACCCCAGUCUUGUUAUUUUCAGUGACUUUCCAUUUAUCUUCAAUUUGUUAUCCAAAAUUAAAUUAUUGCAAGCUAAUUCAUAUAUAAAGAUGAUGGGGUCACAAGGCACAGCAUACCGGAAUUUGAUGGAAAUGAUUGUACAAAGAAAGAAUGAAUUCCCUCCAUUACCCACAUUUAUACUUAGAGUCAGACGAAGUCACCUGGUGGAAGAUGCUCUGCGUCAGUUAAACCAAGUUGAAGUCACUGACCUUUGGAAAGCAUUAGUGGUUGAAUUUAUUAAAGAGAUUGGUCCUGAGUGUGGAGGCGUCAGAUCAGAGUUCUUCCAUUGUGUAUUUGAAGAGAUGACCAAGCCAGAAUAUGGAAUGUUCAUGUAUCCUGAAAAGGGUUCCUACAUGUGGUUUCCUGUCAAUCCUAAAUUUGAGAAGAAAAGAUAUUUCCUCUUUGGGAUGCUGUGUGGGCUCUCCUUAUUCAAUUUAAAUGUUGCCAACCUUCCUUUCCCACUGGCUCUGUAUAAGAAACUUCUGGAUCAAAAGCCAUCAUUGGAAGAUUUAAAAGAACUCAGUCCUCUUUUGGGGAAGAGCUUGCAAGAAGUUAUAAAUGAUGGAGCUGAUGACAUUGGAGAAGAACUUUACAUACACUUUUCUAUACAUUGGGACCACAAUGAUGUUGAUUUAAUUCCAAAUGGGAUCUCUACACCUGUGGACCAAACCAACAAGAAAGACUAUGUUUCUAAAUGUGUUGAUUACAUUUUCAACAUCUCCAUAAAGGCAGUCUAUGAGGAAUUUCAGAGGGGAUUUUUUAGAGUCUGUGACAAGGAGAUAAUUAGACUUUUCCAGCCUGAAGAACUAAUGACAGCAAUAAAUGGAGAUACUGAUUAUGACUGGAAACGAUUUGAAAUGAAUUCACACUAUGAGCAAGGAUACCACAAAUCACAUCCUACUAUACGAAUGUUUUGGAAGGCUUUCCAUAAACUAACUUUAGAUGAAAAGAGAAAAUUCCUCCUUUUUCUUACAGGACAUGAUAGACUGCACGUAAGAGGCUUACAGGAAAUGGGAAUAGUAUUUCGCUGUCCAGAAACUUUCAGUGAAAGAGAUUGCCCAAGAUCGGUGACAUGUCAUAAUAUUCUGGACCUCCCUAAAUAUUCUACAAUGGAAAGAAUGGAGGAAGCACUUCAAAUAGCCAUCAACAACAACAGAGGGUUUGUCUCACCCGUGCUCCCACUGUAAUAACCAACCACCUCUGAGGGCUUCAGGGAGGCCUCAGAUGCUCAGGCCUUCUCAGCCUUGGAUUCUUCUGUUCUUCCUUACAUCUAAUUAGUACAAGGUGUUGACGGGUUUCAGGCUGGCCAGUUAGCUCAGUUGGUUGGAGCGCCACCUUGCAACAACAAGGUCAAUGGUUC